AAGUUUACAAAUUUCAAAAAGAUUUGUCUUCGUUUAUGGCCCGCGUUAAUCAUAAUUUUCUCGUAAGCUUCCAGACCUUUCUCUCCACUAAAAAAGGGCUGUCUUCUCGUCGAAUCUUUACUCAUCGCUCCUCCGAUUCAGGGAAAUGAAGAACUUGAUUGGUGAGGCGGCGUGUAGUAUUUGUCAGGAGAGCUUUAGCACAACCAUUACAGAGAUGGCAGGUCCACCAGGUUCCUCAGCUUUGAAGAAGUCCUCAGGUUUCAACAUGGCCCGUUUCACUCAGCCAGUGACACAGGGGAAAGAAAAAGGGAAGGCUCCACAAUUUGAUAUGCAGCCCCCUAUCUCGGAUACCAGGAUAGUCGAGAAGCCACCUCAGCACUCUCAGACUGGGGGUAAGAAUACAGUAGACAUGGCUAAGUUGAAGGAGAAGAUGGUGGCUGUAGAGAAGUCAUAUAAGAGGCCAAGGGUUGAGUCUUUAUCAACUGAUAUCCCUCCCGAGGUCCACCCUGCUGGGGGCAAGUAUUCCUUGGCCGUGGAGUUUAAGGUUGAGGACAGUGCUUUUGACAACCCUGAGGUUGCAAAGAAGAUCGGCCAGUAUACUAUGAUAAAGAAGGAUUUUGAUCGGCUUCCCAAGUCUGCGUCUAAGAACAUGAGCCAAACUAUCUUGCACUCUUACAAAGCCUUUGCUCAUCUCAUCAAGGUUGAGCAGGAUAUGAAAAAGUACACCACACAGAUCACCUCUCUUUUAGACAAGAAUAAGAAGCUCAAGGACUCCAACAUUGAGUUUAAGAGUACUAAUGAUAAGCUGGGUAAAAAGGUGGAGGAAUUGACUCAGCGGCUUGAGGAUAUAUCUUUACAGAAAGCCGCAACAGACUUUCUCCUCCGACAGUAUGAGCUUCGUCUUAACAACACUUUGGCCGAAGUGGAGAGUCUAAAAAGAGAUCUUCAGGCAUCCAAAGACGCUGAACCAAAGGCUGUAGAGAACUUCCUAUUAUCCGAGGAUUACUACAACAGGCAGACAGAGUUUGCCAGAAGCCAGGUGUUUGGUUCCUUUGACUUGGCUCUAAGGGAGGUCAAGUUCAUUUACAAAGACCUUGACCUUUCCAUGAUUGAUGUAAAAAAUCUGAGGACUGUGAAAGAUGAUGGUGGAGAAAAAGGGGAGGAAGAGCAGCAACAGGAUAAGGAUGACAUGAAGAUUGAUCAAGUAGUUGCUGAAUUGGCUAUUACGACUGCAGAGGUGGGGACUGUCACAGAGACUUUUACUGAGGUUCAACUCGAGAAAGAUAUUCAAUUUGAGGAAGCUGAGGCGCCCACUGCGGAAGCUCAGGCUAAGGUUGGGACCUGAUCUGCCCUUUAGAAUUUCUGUAAUUGUAUUUUGUUGUGUUUUCUUUUUUUUUUUUUUUUUUGU